UGCGGAAGUGCACCUUGCGUGAUGACAUCACGAGGCGGCGGCGCUGGUAUAAGAGCGCGACCAAGAGGCGCGCGGCUCUCUUUCUCACUUGUCAGCGCCGGUUCGAAGGCGCAGCCGGGCUAGCUGAGCCAGCAUGCCGGUGGCGAGGAGCUGGGUGUGCCGGAAAACCUACGUAACCCCGCGGAGGCCCUUCGAGAAGUCCCGCCUUGACCAGGAAUUGAAGCUGAUCGGCGAGUAUGGGCUGCGCAACAAGCGAGAGGUCUGGAGGGUCAAGUUCACUCUGGCCAAGAUCCGCAAGGCCGCCCGGGAGCUGCUGACGCUGGACGAGAAGGACCCGCGGCGUCUGUUCGAAGGCAACGCCCUCCUGCGGCGGCUGGUCCGCAUUGGUGUGUUGGAUGAGGGCAAGAUGAAGCUGGAUUACAUCCUGGGCCUAAAAAUUGAGGACUUCCUGGAGAGGCGCCUGCAGACCCAGGUCUUCAAGCUGGGCCUGGCCAAGUCCAUCCACCAUGCCCGUGUGCUCAUCCGCCAGCGCCACAUCAGGGUCCGCAAGCAGGUGGUGAACAUCCCGUCCUUCAUUGUGCGCCUGGACUCGCAGAAGCACAUCGACUUCUCCCUGCGCUCCCCGUACGGCGGCGGCCGCCCGGGCCGCGUGAAGAGGAAGAACGCCAAGAAGGGCCAGGGUGGGGCUGGGGCCGGGGACGACGAGGAGGAGGAUUAAGCCCACCCUCAGUUCCUGGCUGAGGAUUGUUCAGUUUCCCAGUCACAGAAUAAACCAAGACAAACAGUCUGCA